AUUUGGCCUUGGUUGAAACUGACUUGAGUCAGCAUUGUUUGGUUUGUACGACACAAGUUGCAGAGUCUCAGUCCAGUUCUUAGGACAGGUGUCCAUGUUGCAAAAACAAUCACACGUGAGGGGUUGGCGGGGAUCUCUGCAGAGGGGCCAACAUUUCUUAGAUCUUAAGGCCAGAAAGGAUUGCAAGUCUGACCUUCUGUGUAACACAGUCCAUAGGACAAAGAGUCUUUGGUGAAAUACCAUCUUGCUCUGGAACUGUUCUCUUCAGCAUAGAUCUGAGGCGCACACAUGGAUGGGGUGGCUCAGGGUAUCUGAUGCCAUCUGUGCUUUGUGGAUACAGAGACCUUCUGGCUUCCUGGGCUGUCUUCAGCAUUAUGGAAUUUCCCUUCAUGAAGAAAUAUGCACUGAAAACAUUGAUUUGCCUCUUGUCCUUUUAAUGAUGCUUAGUGAUCAGAGCUCAGUUGUUUAAAACAACUAUCUUUGAGCAAUGCUAGGAAAUGGCACUGGGGAAUGUUGAUGCGUUGGAUACAUGUGAACAACAACUCCAUGUUGAAGCAGCAGAACUUGAUCUCUGCGACCCACUUGGAUACGCAGGAGAAGGAAGCAGUUGUCCCUGAGAGAGCAGAAGAAGCAAAACUAAAGGCCAAAUAUCCUAAUUUAGGACAGAAGCCAGGAGGGUCAGACUUCCUAAUGAAAAGACUGCAGAAAGGGCAAAAGUAUUUUGACUCGGGUGACUACAAUAUGGCCAAGGCAAAGAUGAAGAACAAGCAGUUGCCAACCACCGGGCCUGACAAUAACUUGGUGACAGGAGACCAUAUCCCGACACCACAAGAUCUUCCACCGAGAAAGUCAUCACUUGUAACCAGCAAGCUGGCAGGGCCUGAAAAUCAUGAUUCAGUGAAUGCAGCCUGUGGAAUGCAAGAUCACAACUGAUAAUGCAUGUCAAAUAUGGUCUUUGUGUGGCAUAGAAAAUACAGCAUUUCACCUAGGACACAGGAUCGAACUGCGUUUAUAAUCUUGAGGAAUAUUUUAGCAGCGAUGCAUUAGUGUGUUGGGUUAAAAGGUGUUUCACUGGAAUGAUAAUUUUAAGAUUUCAGCAUGAAGCUUGCUGUGCUGAAAGCAAACAUGAAUCUCGGUUUUAAGUCCAGAAUUUAAAGAUUUGGGUUUGUUUGUUUUUUGGGGACAGGGGAGGGAAUCUGUUUAAUCAGUUCAUUCUGUAGGAUACCAUAUCAAGGUCAAGAAAACCCAAUGAAAGGUAACCCAAUGAAAGGAAACUCCACAACUGAUGUAGCUUUCUCUACAUACAUUCUCUGCUAUGCCUUACUUGGUCAUUUUUAGUCCCUAAAGUAAUUCAUACAAAAGUCUGUUUCAAUUGACUGUGUUUUGCUGCUGAUGAUUCCAAAUGGAAAACAUGAUAUUGUAUCUAGCUAAUCAGGGUAUUUCUAAGAGUCAUGCUUCAAAAAAGAAGUAAAAAGCCAAGCCUGACGAAUCGUACAAAUCACCAUUCAUGUUUCUGAGAUUGUAAGGAACCAUUUUUUUUUCUUUUCAUAGAGACUGGUCAAUAAAAAAUCAGUUUCAGCAGAGUGAAAAGGAGACAGGGUUUGGUGGGGAGUAGGGAAUUCCUUCUUUGUAAAUGUGUAACUUCAUUCUUCAGUCUCUGUCUCCUCAUGCCUUUUCUCCAGGUUCCAGUCUGAGAAGGUUGGGGGAAAAGCUACUGGUUUCUUGUAUAAUCGCCUCAAAUGUCUUGCUCUUUGUCCCAGCCACAUUGUAAAUAGAUAUGAAUCAUAUAUAUAAAAAUAUAUAUAAUUUUUUACAUCAUCUUCAUCUCUAUCUUCUGUUGUUCUAUGCUUUUUUCUUAAAACAAACCAAACAAAAAAACCCUGCUCUUGCACUACUGAAUACUGGUCAGCUGUUGGCUACACCUUCAUGGUGUUGAUCUCAGUGACAUCUGAUUCACCGGGAGAACAGAGAGGAAUUCACAUGUCGAACCAUUCCCCCCACUCCCUCCAGGAUUCAGGAACUACCAAGUGUAUUUAUAUAGAAAGGAGGAAGAAAUUACCUUCAAAAUACUGAGUGAGAAAUAUCAGGAGAGAUCAUUAUUUUAAAAAAUAAACUUGUCUGAAACACA